AUGUCUUACCCUCAGGUUGCAGCAUUUGAUUUGGACUAUACCGUGUGGCCUUGUUUCUGCGAUACCCAUUUGAAUCCCCCAUUCAAGCCGGUUGCGAGCAAAAACGGCGAAGUUCGCACGUUGGUGGAUUCUCACGGUUACGAAAUCUCAUUCUACAAAGACGUGCCCCGCAUCUUAGAAGAUCUCAAGGCUCAUGACGUUAAAAUUGUGUCCGCUUCCAGAACUUGGGCUCCUGACAUUGCUCGCGACUUGUUGAGAGGCUUCAAAGUCGAAUAUAAUGGAAAGAUAGUGCCGCUCAUCACACUCUUUGACUCACUACAGUGGGGCGAGAAAAGCAAAGUCAUUCAUAUCACUCUAGGUAUAAAAGAACUCUUCGGUAAAAAAGCCGAUAUUAAAGACUACAAGUCAUGCUUGUUUGAUGACGAGACAAGAAACAGGGACGUUGAAAGAUAUGGGGUCAAGUACGUUUACGUCAAAGAUCCAGAAAAGGGUACCACUUGGGAAAUAUACCAGAAGUACCUAAACGGAAACUAA